AUGGGGAUAAUUCACAUCGUGAUGAUUGAGUUUAAAGCAGAGGUGACGACUGAACAAAUUGAAGACGUCUACAGUCGCCAUCUAGCCCUAAAGGACCUAUGUGUGCGCUCAGAUUCCAAAAAGCCAUACAUUACCAACCAAAUGGCCGGCAAAGACAUUAGCGUUGAGAAUUUGAGUGGAGGAUUUACUCAUAUUUUUAUUGAGGAAUUUGACAACAUAGAGGAUAGAAACUACUAUCUGAAGGAAGAUUCUGCACAUGCCGAAUUCGGGAAGGUGGUGGAAAAUCUGGUGAAGUCGGCGCAGGUAAACGAUUUUAUUCCCGGGGGUAUCUGA